CGUGGACUUUAACUCGCCUGGUCGUCUUUACAUCGUCGUGUUUAACUUGGCUCCGUGUUAGCCUUUCCUUUCUGAGGUUAGCAUGUAGACAGGAGUCCAUGUUUUGACCAGCAGGUGCGUUUGGACUGAUAACUCGGAGAGCUUGUCCAGCUCAUGGCCGUGUGAAGCACGAUGAGAAGGAGUUUUCAGACGAGGAUGCCGCCGUCGUUCACUGCAGACCGUCCUGCCUAACCUGCUGACCAGCAUCUACAGGAGACUGUCUCUGAGAGGGGCUGUAGUCCUGGAUCUGUCUGUAGGUGGUGGAACCAUGGCCGGGGAUGGGAGUCUACCUGUGGUGUCUGUCGCCAACACGUCUGUGUCCACCAGCCCGACCCCGGGCACUGAUAAUCGGGGUUGCGAGAAUGGCGCCCUGAUGGACUCCUUUGGGAUUUUCCUGCAAGGCCUCCUGGCUAUGAUGGCUUUCAGCAUCCUGAUGUUGAAACGCUUCAGGGAGCCCAAACACGAGAGGAGACCCUGGAAGAUCUGGUUCCUGGACACCUCCAAACAAGCGAUCGGGAUGCUCUUCAUCCACUUUGCUAACGUCUACUUGUCAGACCUCACAGAACAGGAUCCCUGCUCACUAUACCUCAUUAACUUCCUUUUGGAUGCCUCUCUGGGAAUGUUGCUCAUAUACACAGGAGUAAGAGCCGUCAGUGCUGUUGUGGAGUGGAGACAGUGGGACUCUCUGCGUUUUGGAGAAUACGGAGAGCCAGUGCAGUGCACAGCGUGGUUGGGCCAGUGCAUCCUCUACAUCCUCAUCAUGGUGUUUGAGAAAGUUCUCAUCAUGCUGGUCCUUCUCAUCCCCCAGUGGAAAAAUCUGGCUGUCCACAACCCCAUAAACAAUCCUGACCUGGAACUGGCCAUUGUCAUGCUCAUCGUCCCGUUCUUCGUCAAUGCCCUCAUGUUUUGGGUGGUAGAUAAUUUCCUGAUGAAGAAACACAAGACAAAAGCAAAACUGGAGGAGAGAGAAGACGACUCUCGGGGGAACAGCAAGGUUCGCUACAGACGAGCUCUUUCCCACGAUGACUCUGAAUCAGAGAUUCUGUUUUCAGCAGAUGAUGAGAUGGAUGAGUCAGAUGAAGACGAUGUCCGUCGACUCCCUGGUCUGAAGACGGUGAAGAAGAAGAAACUUCGCAUGGGAAUCCCUCCAGGUGAAGUGAGGAAGAAGCGUCCACCGAUGAAGGAGGAGGACCUGAAAGGAGCUCGCAGUAAACUGGGGCUGAAGGGCGAGGUCAAGAGUAAGACCUAUGAGGUCAUGGCGGAGUGUGAGAGGAUGGGUAAGGUGGCUCCAUCUGUGUUCAGCGGAGUGAGGACGGGAACAGAGACAGUCCUCUCCAAGCCGGCUGCUGCCAGAGAUCCCUCAGCCAGCGUCUUCAACAAAUGAUCAACAACCUUCAACUUGUUUCUCAUGCAGCACUGAUCUGUGAGGACUGACGUGACAGUGCGUUUAUAAAAAUUAAGAGGGAUAAAUGAACAUGUCUUAUUUUAAUUACUGUUGUGCAUGCUAUGACUUUUUUUGUACAUCCUAAUAAAUUAUUUAAAACUUUACAGUGUUGUCAUAUGAUGAUGUAUGGUCUAA